UCCCACACGUACACACACACCCCGGGAGCGCUUCCAAGCCCAGCCCCUCGCACCAGCCCCGCCGCCGCAGCCCCUCUCUCCGCCUCGGGGCUCUUUGUUGGAAGGCGCCGACAGGGGGCCGAGUCACCAUGUCCUCCGCCAAGAAAGGCUUUUACCGGCAGGAAAUCACGAAAACCUUGUGGGAGGUGCGGGAGCGCUACCGGGACCUGCAGCCGGUGGGCUCCGGAGCCUACGGCGCUGUGUGCUCAGCUAUUGAUGGAAGAAGUGGCAUCAAAGUGGCCAUCAAGAAAUUGUACCGUCCAUUUCAAUCUGAACUCUUUGCCAAACGAGCCUAUCGGGAACUACGCCUCCUGAAACACAUGAAGCAUGAAAAUGUUAUUGGAAUAUUGGAUGUGUUCACACCAGAUGUAACACUGGAGAAAUUUAAUGAUUUCUACUUAGUCAUGCCAUUUAUGGGAACAGACUUGAGUAAGAUAAUGAAGCAUGAGAAACUAACUGAAGAUCGAAUCCAGUUUCUGGUCUACCAAAUGUUAAAGGGCCUAAAGUAUAUCCAUUCAGCAGGCAUAAUUCACAGGGAUCUAAAGCCUGGAAAUUUAGCAGUAAAUGAAGACUGUGAAUUGAAGAUUCUGGAUUUUGGACUGGCAAGGCAUACAGACAGUGAAAUGACAGGCUAUGUGGUUACUAGAUGGUAUAGAGCCCCGGAGGUCAUACUUAAUUGGAUGCAUUAUACUCAAACAGUUGACAUCUGGUCAGUGGGCUGCAUUAUGGCAGAAAUGAUAACAGGGAGGCCACUGUUCAAAGGAAAUGAUCAUCUGGACCAGCUCACAGAAAUAAUGAAGAUAACAGGCACACCAACUCAAGAUUUCGUUCAGAAACUACAAAGUCAAGAUGCAAAAAAUUAUAUCAAAAGCCUCCCAAAAGUGCAGAAAAAAGACUUUGCAGCUAUCUUGAAGUAUGCAAACCCUUUGGCUGUAAACCUUUUGGAGAAGAUGCUGGUGUUAGAUGCGGAUAAGAGAAUAACAGCAGUAGAAGCUUUAGCACAUCCUUAUUUUGAACCAGUUCACGAUCCUGAAGAGGAAACUGAGGCAGAGAAAUAUGAUGACACAUUUGACAAUAUGGAUUUGCCACUGGAUGAGUGGAAGCGCAUUACCUAUAAAGAGGUACUAAACUUCAAACCACCUCCCCUGCCUGAGUCAAAGGAAACGGCAGUGUAACUGUAUGAACCAUCUCUUCAAAAAUCAAAAGAAGGAGAAAAGGUGUAAAUGCUUGUGAUAACUCAGUUGUACAAACCUUUUAUAAACUGGAUGUAACUUGUUGUAUCUGUAUUGUAAGGAAUAAGUGUGUUUUAAUCUAAACAGGAAGCUAGUGCCUUUAGAAGUAGCAUUUCAAGACUGUCUGGAAACUCACCUCUACCCAAAUUUUCUCAUCUUUUUGAGUGCAUUUAUGGUUUCAUUUAAUCAAAGUACUCCUCAAAAUACAAGGGUUUUCAUGAAUGUGUUUUUAGACCAGGUAAUGCUUGUUCAAGUCACAGGAUUAUAGAGAAAUAGUUAAUACCUUAAACAAUCUGAGGCUAAAUGGAGAAAUGUUUCCUCUUUCACUAUAAAUAUGAACCUCUGGAGCCAAGCCCAGAAGGCAUCAAAGGGAGCAUGCCAGCUUCCCUCUUGGUUCUUUCCUUCCUGCAGAAGCCAAGUUGAGGAUGACCUACAGAUUGGGAGGGGAUGAAAAUGAUGCCGGGCAGACUCUGAGGGGGUGUACACAAGAGGCAGCAGUAGCAGUCAGGGACACCCAUGGCUAUAGGGGUACGUCAACAGAGCAUCAUUAUUUCAAAAUAACUUAGUCUGCGUCUACACAUCAGGCAGUUAUUUCAAAAUAAUGUUGAAAUACUAUGAGAACUUCUUAC